AUGCUCGCCGUCCCUGGCGACAAGGCGGCCCGCGGAGGAGGGGCGCAUGGGAGGCACGCAUCCGAGCCGCGACUGAGGCUGUCGCUGGACUUCUUCCGCAACGGCAAUGGCAGCGCCAGUGAGGCCCCCUACCGUGACCGCGAGAAGAUCACGCCCACCAGCCUGACCGCCCCGGCCCGCAACGCCAGAGACAAGAUCAGGUGUCUCGACGGCCUGCGAGGCAUCGCCUGUCUGAUCGUCUUCAAUUACCACUUCCUGUGGCCAUGGACCCCUUCCAUCAUGCUGGGCUACGGCGCCAAUCCGCCCCGCGCGCCUGAGCCCUACUACGACUGGUCCACGCUGCCCAUCAUCUGCCUGCUGCACCGCGGCCAUCCCAUGGUCGCCAUCUUCUUCGCCAUCUCCGGCUAUGUCCUUUGCCGCCACAUCCUGAGGGCCAUCCACGAGAAGCGGUACCAGGCCGUCUACCAGGGCCUCGCCUCCUCGGUCCUGAGGCGUCCAUUCCGCCUGCUGCUCCCCCCCACCCUGAGCAUGCUGGCUGUCGCCGUCCUCGCCCAGCUGGGCAUUUUCCGCUCCGAGGUCUCCAUCUACCAGGGGCGAGACUCGGCCUACAUCAACGGCACCGUGACUGUGAAUUUCAGGAAGAUCAACGGGACCUGCAACACCAACGACACGGUCCCCGUCAAUGGCACAUCCGAGCUGGCGGACUACUUUACCCUGUAUGACUGGAAGACGCUCCACAACAAGACCGACUGGCCCCAGGUCCUCUGUCUCAAUUCGUCUUCCGUUUUAUUUAGCCCUGCGUCGCUUUAUGGCAUUCCCCAGGAUGAGGAGGAGAAGCCCAAGAUCCCGGAGAAGAAUACCACCAUCGUCAUCAACGGCACUCUGUACAACAUGACCUAUGGACCGGACCGAGACCCGGCCCCUCCUCGCCCAGUCCGUCUGCUUCGUCUGCCCCGUGGCGAGACUACCGUGGUGCCGACGUUUGAAGAGGACGACCUGGAACUGGACAGCAAACCUGUCGCCCGUGACUUUAUCCCCCCGGAGCCAGUCAAGCCGGAAACGCCGGUGCAUCAGCACGAACCUGAGGAGGAGAAGCCGGAGAAGCCAGAGGUGCCAGAGAAGUCUGAGUCCUCGGACAAGCCAUCCGAGUCAGAGACGUCAGACAAGUCGGACACACCAGAUGUCCCGGAAAAGACCAAGGUGUUGGAAGAGGCGCCAUCAUCAGUUGCCCCCGCGGGCCCAGACACGACACUCCCCGCGACCAGUCACCCGUUUGGGCCGGAGAAGACGGAGGAUAAAGAGAAGGCUGGCAAGGGCAAAGCUGACAAGGAUAAGGCUGACAAGGAUGAGGACGAGGACGAGGAGGACAAGGAGGAUGAGGCGGACCCAGCUGACCCCGAAACUACCAAAUUCCCCAAGCUGCCCACACACGGGCCCGGGACUCCAUUCGCCCUCCUCAAUUUGACAAGAAUGGGCAACUUUACUUUGACGAAUAUUACCAACGGCACUGUAUUACCCCUCCCCGCCGUCGAGAAAAAGCCUCCCCCGAAGCGCGAGGAAUUCCUCUGGGUGCAGCUUGGCGGGACCUGGGAGGAGCAUCCCAUCAUGUACGAGAGCAUCAACUACGCCUUCACUAACUACACCAGAAUGUACAUCGAAUGGGUCAACCCGUUCAACUACGGCCACUAUCACCCCCGCUACGACCCCCACACCUUCACCAUCCCCAUGGAGCUGCGCGGAUCCAUGUUCAUCUACAUCUUCCUACUUGGCACUGCCAACAUCCAGGCCAAGUGGCGGCUCUUCUUUGCCGCCAUCCUCUCCAUCUACAGCAUCAUCCUCGGUCGGUGGGAUAUGGGUGCGUUCAUCGGAGGCACGAUGCUCUCCGAGAUCGACAUCCGGCUCAUGUCGUACGGUGACAACCCCCAGCUAGACGACGAGGAUCUGCUCCCGCUGGUCGGCAACUCCAGCGCAGAACGCUUCCAGAAGCCCAGCCGGCGGACACACAUCAUCCGCUGGUCCUUCUUCUUCCUCGCGCUCUACCUGCUCUCCUACCCCGACGCCGGCGCCGAAUGGACGCCCGGUUACAUCUUCCUCUCCUCCUGGGUGCCCCGAUACUACAUCCCCCUGUCCGGCUGGAUGUUCUACCACUCCAUGGGCGCCCUCAUGCUCCUCCCCUGCGUCAUCCGCAGCCCCGUCCUGUGCAGGAUCCUCGAGAGCCGCGUGCCGCAGUACCUCGGCAAAGUCAGCUUCUCCCUGUACCUCGUCCACGGUCCCAUCCUGCACUGUCUGGGAUUCUGGAUCAUGCCGAGGCUGUUUGAGACCUUUGGCCGGGCUAUCGGCUACGUCAUUGGCUGGAGCUUCAUGCUCACCGUCACCCUGUAUGCCGCCAACUGGUGGCACAGGAAGGUCGAUGUCUGGAGCACGUUGCUCGGAAAGAAAAUAGAGAGGUUGCUGGUCAGCCGAGAAAAGUGA